GCUGGGGCCGGCGCCGCCGACAUGCCGGUCAUCGGGAAGAGUUUCCGCCGCCGGCGGGCCGACUCGGAGUCGGAGGAGGACGAGCAGGACUCAGAGGAGGUCCGAUUAAAACUGGAAGAAACCCGAGAGGUGCAGAAUUUGAGGAGGAGACCCAAUGGGGUGAGUGCCGUGGCCCUGCUCGUGGGGGAGAAGGUCCAGGAAGAGACCACUCUAGUGGACGACCCCUUCCAGAUGAAGACGGGCGGCAUGGUGGACAUGAAGAAGCUCAAGGAGAGGAGCAAAGAGAAGAUCAGUGAAGAGGAAGACCUGCACCUCGGGACGUCGUUCUCCGCGGAGACCAACCGCCGGGACGAGGACGCGGACAUGAUGAAGUACAUCGAGACGGAGCUGAAGAGGAGGAAGGGGGUCGUGGAGCAGGAGGAGCAGAAGGUGAAGCCACGCAACGCCGAGGACUGUCUGUACGAGCUGCCGGAGAACAUCCGCGUGGCCUCAGCCAAGAAGACGGAGGAGAUGCUGUCCAACCAGAUGCUCAGCGGCAUCCCCGAGGUGGACCUGGGCAUCGACGCCAAGAUCAAGAACAUCAUUUCCACGGAAGACGCCAAGGCGCGGCUGCUGGCCGAGCAGCAGAACAAGAAGAAGGACAGCGAGACGUCCUUCGUGCCCACCAACAUGGCCGUGAACUACGUGCAGCAUAACCGAUUUUAUCAUGAGGAGCUCAACGCCCCCAUCCGGAGGAACAAGGAGGAACCCAAGGCUCGGCCCUUGAGGGUGGGCGACACGGAGCGGCCAGAGCCAGAGCGGUCCCCCCCGAACCGCAAGCGGCCUGCCAACGAGAAGGCCACGGACGACUAUCACUACGAGAAGUUCAAGAAGAUGAACAGGCGCUACUGACCGACACUCCAGGGGCGCGGGCCGGAGGGGAGGUCAGGGCGGCCGCCGUCCCUGCCCCCAUGGUGGACAUUGCCCAGGGCAGGAGCCCGGGCCAGCCAUCCCCAAGGCCCGGCCAUUGCGGCCACCUGCU